AUGUGCACGAAAGGCCUCGUCUGGCAUCCGCCGCCCAAGAGAGAGGCUGGAGGUGGCGGCGCCUCCGCCUCAAGUAGUUCAUCACGCUCGCGGUCGCGGUUGUCGGCCGGCUACAGGCGCGCCGAGGAUGACUUCUGCGCCAAGUGGAGUUUAGAUCGGCCGGCGAGGUUGCUGCUGAGAGACCUGCCGCCGGAUCUCCGCGAGCAGGCGAUGAUGAAGUUCAACCCCUACACUGAGGUGAAGCACGCCGACUACUCGAAGGUCUUUGCCGCCUGGACGCGCCGCGCCUGGGCCGCCUUCACGGCCUAA